UGGCUCAACUCCUUUCCUUUUUGACAAGCAGAGACAAAAGGCUGGUCAAUUUAGGCCCGCUACAAAAUCUGCUUUUUUCAUAAACAUCUUGAAAUAAAAAUAUCAUAAUGGUUGUUAAGAAGCCCAGGCCAAAGAAGAAGCCAGUGACCAAGAAGGUUGCCCCAGCUCCAUUGGCUGUUAAGAAGCCUGUAGUCAAGAAAGUUGUAAAUCAACUUUUCGAGAAGCGCCCAAAGAACUUUGGCAUCGGUCAAAAUGUUCAACCCAAGCGUGAUUUGUCACGUUUUGUUAAAUGGCCCAAAUACAUUCGUGUCCAACGCCAAAAGGCUGUUUUGCAAAAACGUUUGAAGGUUCCCCCACCAAUUCAUCAAUUCAGCCAAACCCUUGACAAGACCACUGCUGUCAAAAUGUUCAAGCUGUUGGAGAAAUACCGCCCUGAAUCAGCUAUUGCUAAGAAGCAACGUUUGAAGAAGAUCGCCGAAGCCAAAGCUAAGGGCAAGGAUGUUCAGCCCAAAAAGAAGCCUAGCUUCGUUCGCUCCGGAACCAACACAGUCACCAAACUGGUGGAACAGAAGAAAGCUCAGUUGGUAGUCAUCGCUCACGAUGUUGAUCCCCUCGAGUUGGUAUUGUUCUUGCCUGCUUUGUGCCGCAAAAUGGGUGUACCAUAUUGCAUUGUUAAGGGCAAAGCUCGCCUCGGUUUGUUGGUGCGUCGCAAGACCUGCACAGCUUUGGCUCUGACCAAUGUUGAAGCCAACGAUAAGGCCAACUUCACCAAGAUCGUUGAAGCCAUCAGGACCAACUACAAUGAGCGUCACGAUGAAAUCCGCAGACACUGGGGAGGUGGUAUCUUGGGCUCCAAGAGUUUGGCUCGCAUCGCCAAAUUGGAACGCGCCAAGGCACGUGAGCUUGCUCAGAAACAAGGUUAAACUGACCAUGGUGUGAUUUUUAGUUUUUUUAUUUGAUUUGAUUAAUAAAAUCAAACGGCGUCUCUUAAGGAAGAACUGUUUUAAAGUUUGAUUUAUGAAAAGAAAAUAAAACUAAAGUUAGUUUUAGACAAGAAAAUCAA